GCAGGACAUAUAUCAUUGGCGCGGCUCGAACACAAUCAGAUGGUUUUCUGCUAGAAUCUACAGUUAGAUUAAGAUAAGGGUUGGAUAUACCCGCCCGCAAGGGGUGGGUUACAUCGUGAAACCGACAUGUCGAGAUGCCCCUCUCGGCACUUUGUAUUUAACCCGUCCAUGUCUCGCGCGGAUUCUCGUCCCUCACGGCGGGUGUAGUAUCACGAAGGACCCAGAACGUUCAUCAUGGUCAAAUUGUUCACUGUGGCCCUCGUGGCGCUUCCCCUCAUCGCGGCCGCCCCUAACCCCCUGCCUACGCCCCCCGGCGUGCCGUCCAAGACGGAAGCAGAGAGUGAUCUGGCCAAGUUGACGGUCGCUGAGCAGGGCUCUGGCGAUGACUAUGACCGGGACAAGUUCCCUCACUGGAUUGACCAGGGAGACUCUUGCAACACCCGCGAGAUGGUCCUCAACCGCGAUGGCACCGACAUCGACAAGGGCUCCGACUGCUACCCGACCAGUGGGAAAUGGGUCUCUUUGUACGACGGUGAGACUUGGACGAAGGCUUCCGAUGUCGAUAUUGACCAUCUUGUGCCACUGUCGAACGCGUGGAAGUCCGGCGCCGACAAGUGGACCACCGCACAGCGCCAGAAGCUGGCCAACGAUCUGGAGAACCCCCAGCUCCUCGCGGUGACCGAUAAUGUCAACCAGCAGAAGAGUGACAGCGGGCCGGAAGAGUGGAAGCCUCCUUUGGAAUCGUACCACUGCGACUACGCCAAGAUGUGGGUCAAGAUCAAGUCGAUCUACGAGCUGACGAUCACCGAGGAUGAGAAGAGCGCGCUGGUUGGCAUGCUGGAUACGUGCUAGUUCUUCUCAGUCAUUACGAGUGUUUGUUCUAUGAUCUUUACAGUACUACGCUUUCA